AUGGUGCAGGGUCCCAACUCUCUGAAAGAAGAUGAGAGCAUCCGGGUCCCGAUGUUGUGCCGAGAAGAGAGUUUCCCACUAGUGAGCCCUGAGCCAUGCGACUACAUCCUGGUGGCUGACAGGAGCACCCAGAAGGAUUCCAGGAAGUGGAAGAAACAGCAACAGUUUAAGAAGGAGCUGGAGGCGAAGGGCUUACGUGUGCAGGUGUUGGAGGACGAGGACAAGGUUUUCUACAGCGUUCGUGCGAAUGACAGCAUCUUCGAGAAGUACCAAAUGCUCCUCAUGGAACCCGACGGAGCCGCCCACACGGCAGAACCGGCCAGCCCAGACUCUGUGUCUGUCACCACCCGAAUCCGCAUCGUUAACUUCAUCCUGAAAAGCAAGAUGUCUGAUGGUGAAACAUUUGAGACACUGACGAAGGCCGGGAUCUUUGAGACCAGAUUUCCCCUGCACAAGAAGACAAAACUCAAGGACUCCUGGGCCCAGUGGAAGAAAAUGCUCCAGAUGCAGCCCACCGAUGACAUCAGGGACUACUUUGGCGAGAAGGUGGCCUUGUACUUCACCUGGCUCGGCUGGUAUACCAGGAUGCUGCUGCCUGCCGCCCUCACGGGCCUCGCCGUCUUCCUCUUUGGCUUCGUGCACUUCGAAGCCAGUCAGAUCAGCAAGGAAGUCUGUGAGGCCCACGAGAUCUACAUGUGCCCUCUUGGGGACCACAACCGUAGUUACCAGCGGCUCUCGGACACCUGCACCUUCGCCAAGCUCACACACCUCUUUGACAACGAGGGCACCGUGUUUUUUGCCUUCUUUAUGGCCCUGUGGGCCACUGUGUUUCUGGAGGUCUGGAAGCGGAAGCGGGCUCGAGUGAUUCUGCACUGGAACCUUUAUGGCUGGGACGAGGACCAGGAGGAAAUCGCACUGGAGCUCAUCAACUGCCCCAACUAUGAGCUGAGGAAACACCGACACUCAUUCCUGCGCAACUCCAUCAUCCUGCUGGUGGUUGUGUUCAUGAUCUGCAUCUUGAUUGGCAUGGCCCACAUCCUGGUGGUCUACCGAGUCAUGGCUGCCGCCGCCUUUGGGUACUUGGCUUUGUCUUUCCUGGAGAACCAGGUGACCACAGCUGUGGUGGUGACCGGGGCCGUGGUGCACUACAUGAUGAUCAUCAUCAUGACAAAGGUCAAUAAGUGUGUAGCCCUGAAACUCUGUAAGCUAGAGGAGCCCAGGACCUACUCAGAGCAUGAGAGCAAGUUCACCGUCAAGUUCUUCACGCUGCAGUUCUUCGCCCACUUCUCCUCCCUCAUCUACAUCGCCUUCAUUCUGGGCAGGAUCAACGGUCACCCUGGGAAAUCCGUGCGCCUGGCGGGAAUGUGGAAGCUGGAAGAGUGUCACCUCAGCGGCUGCAUGAUGGACCUCUUCAUGCAGAUGGCCAUCAUCAUGGGCCUGAAGCAGACACUCAGCAACUUCAUGGAGUACAUGAAGCCGCUUCUGUGCCUCAAGUGGCGUAAGUGGCGGCGUUCCUGGAGGGCCUCUGAGGACCGAAGCAAGAACCCUGUGCUGCAGGACUGGCGGAAAAACUUGGACCUGAACCCCGUCAACACCUUCAGCUUGUUCGACGAGUUCAUGGAGAUGAUGAUCCAGUACGGCUUCACCACCACCUUCGUGGCCGCCUUUCCUCUGGCCCCACUCCUGGCCUUCAUCAGCAACCUGCUGGAGAUCCGCCUGGACGCCAUCAAGAUGGUUCGGCUGCAGCGGCGCCUAGUGCCACGGAAGACCAAGGACAUAGGGACGUGGCUGCAGGUGCUGGAGAUCAUCGGGGUGCUGGCUGUUAUUGCCAACGGCAUGGUCAUUGCCUUCACGUCCGAGUUCAUUCCCCGCAUGGUAUACAAGUACCACUACGGCCCGUGUGGGCAGAGGGCGGUGCCUGGAGUCGACUGUCUCACAGGUUACACCAACUACAGCCUGUCCGUGUUCUACACCAAGGACUUUCCUGAUGCCAGUAGCAUCCAGGGACCCCAGAACGUGACUGAAUGCAGGUACCGGGACUACCGCAAUCCCACGGACUACAGCCUCUCGGAGCAGUUCUGGGUGCUGCUGGCCAUCAGGCUGGGCUUCCUCAUCCUCUUCGAGCACGUGGCUCUGUGCAUCAAACUAGUGGCAGCCUGGUUUGUCCCUGACGUGCCGCAGUCGGUGAAGAACAGUGUUUUGGAUGACAAGUACAAGAAGCUGCGAAAUCGGAUUUCUGGGGGGCGGUCUAGGCCCAGGACUCCCUCAUCCCCUGCACCCAGCCAGGUCCUCAAGAUCACCUCGGUGUAG